UGCCUGUGAUGACGAAGUGACAGGGACCAGAGUUGCUUUGAAGAAACUGGCUAGACCUUUCCAUUCGGAAAUAUUUGCCAAAAGGGCCUACAGGGAGAUACGCAUGCUGCGUCAUUUUCGCCACGAAAAUUUAAUCAGUCUUUUGGACAUCUUCACACCAAACAAGUCGCUGACAGAAUUCAAUGAUGUGUAUUUGGUGACCCAGUUGAUGGACACAGACCUACACGACAUUCUGAAGUGCCAGGCCUUACAAGAUGACCACAUCAAAUUUCUCUUGUACCAGAUUUUGAGAGGCAUCAAAUAUAUUCACUCAGCUGGGAUCAUUCACAGAGAUCUCAAGCCCAACAACAUUGGUGUCAACCAGAAUGUAGAGUUAAAGAUUUUGGACUUCGGUUUGGCACGUUCAAAUGCAGAAGAGAUGACAGGAUAUGUGGUAUGCCGGUGGUACAGAGCUCCUGAAAUCAUACUAAAUUGGAUGCAUUAUAACGAAAAAGUUGACAUGUGGUCUAUUGGCUGCAUCUUUGGAGAGAUGAUCACAAGAAAACCCUUGUUCAAAGGAGUAGAUCAUAUUGAUCAGCUGAACAAAAUUCUAGAUCUUGUUGGAAAGCCACCUGAUGAAUUCAUGAAGAAAAUUGCCAGUAAAGAUGCACAGAACUACAUUCGAUCGUUACCUAAGCAAAAGAAAAAAGAUUAUCAUAAAUACUUUGCUGGUGCCAGUGAACUUGCCAUUAAUCUUUUGGAGAGAAUGCUUGACCUUGACCCAGAUACCAGAAUCUCAGUUGAUGAAGCUCUGCAGCACCCAUAUGUCCUCCAGUACCAUGACCCAGAGGAUGAACCAACAGCUGAGAUCUUUGACAGUUCUUUCGAGUCAAUGGGUUACAAUACUGAAGGCUGGAGAAAGCUUAUAUACCAAGAGCUGACCUCUUUUCCACAACACAGUGCAUCACAAGAUCCUGGAGAAUAG